AUGCGCGGGGGUUCUUCCCCUCUGCCAAGCUGCCGCGCUCUGCUCCACCAUUGCCGCUGCUUGGAGCAGCUCUUGCAGAUACACGCCCAAGCCAUCACGCAAGGCCUCCUCCCGCACCCGCAGAGCUUCUCAUGUCGAAUCCUCAACGCAUACUCGGAAUUCCGGCGGUCGGCGGACGCGCUCCGCGUCUUCGGCCAGAUCCGCCGCCCCGAUCUCGUCUCAAGGACCUCCCUCAUGAAGCUCCACUUGCAGGAAGGCCGCCCCAGCGACGCCGCUGAUGUCUUCCGCCAGAUCCUCUUCUCCGGCCUCCGGCCGGACGGCUUCUCCGUCGUCGCAGCGCUCUCGGCUUCCGGCCACAUGGCGGACCUCUCCCUGGGGAGAUCCCUCCAUGGCUUGAUCGUGCGUCAUGAUUUGGAUCUAGAAACCGUGGUCAACAACGCGCUGGUGGAUAUGUACUGCAGGAGCGGGAAGAUUGGCAGCGCCAGGCAGGUCUUCGACAGUAUGCCGACGAGGGAUGAGAUCUCCUGGAGUAGCCUUAUCAAUGGGUAUGCAAAGCAGGAGCGGCUGGAUGUGGCCCGUCGUCUGUUUGAUGAAAUGCCGCACAGAAAUGCGGUCUCCUGGACCGUGAUGAUCACGGCUUUCGUUCAAGGCAGGUGCCCUAUCCGAGCUCUGGAACUCUUCCGCGAGAUGAACUCCGAGGGCUGCCGACCAACUUCAGUCACGAUCGUCGGCGUCCUCUCCGCGUGCGCCGACGUCGGCGCUCUGAGCGUGGGCUGCUCCAUCCACGGUCUCAUCAGCAAGACGAUGGCGAACUCGGACGCCACCAUCGGCAACGCUCUAAUCGACAUGUACUCGAAGAGCGGCAGCGUGGAAACGGCGGCUGUCAUCUUCAAUGGUAUGAGGCACAGGGACGUCUACACCUGGACGACGAUGAUCUUAGGGCUCGCUGUAAACGGCGAUGGAGAUGGAGCUCUGUACGUGUUCUCGGAAAUGCUGGGAUCCGGGGCGCGCCCAAAUGGGGUCACCUUCGUCUCUGUCCUAUCUGCCUGCUCACAUGCCGGCCUGGUCCAGGAGGGUCUUUCAUGGUUCGACAUUAUGCGCGGUUACUACAGCCUCAAGCCGCAAAUCCAGCACUUUGGCUGUGUGGUUGACCUGCUGAGCAGGGCGGGGAGAUUAACUGAUGCAGAAGAUUUGAUUGGUGGGAUGGAAAUCGAACCAGAUGCUGUUCUCUGGAGAUCACUGCUCAGCGCUUGCCUAGUUCACGAUGACCGAAGAUUAGCAGAAGUCGCAGGAAAACGGGUCAUCGGCCUCGAACCAGACGAUGACGGCGUCCAUGUCCUCCUCUGGAACAUGUACGCCAGCGCAAACAGAUGGGACGAAGCCAGAGAAAUCAGGAAGACGAUGAGGGGCAGAAGGAUCAGGAAGAGACCCGGGCGCAGCUGGAUAGAGCUGAAUGGCGUCGUGCGCGAAUUCCUCGUGGAAGACAAGGCCCAUUUCCGCCAGACCGAAGUUUACUCGGUUCUGGAAGGGAUGGAGAAGCAGCUAAGAUCCCAUUGUGAGCAGUACCACAGCUGGAUCAUGAUCUGA